GCGCAGUUCUCUCUGUCGACCCUCCUCCAGCCUUCCUCACGCCGGCGGUCACGCUGUCAUUAGUCGCCCGGCUCCCGAGCCCUGACACAAAAGCCUUAAAAAUGAAGAUCUGGGCGUCAGAGCACAUUUUCAACCAUCCAUGGGAGACUGUAACAAAUGCGGCGAUGCAGAAGUACCCCAACCCAAUGAACCCCGGUGUGUUUGGUGUGGAUGUUCUGGACAGAAGUGUGGACACGCAGGGACGGUUACACAGCACCAGACUACUCAGCACAGAGUGGGGGCUCCCUGCUAUGGCUAAGUCUAUCAUUGGGGUUACGAGAACGUGCACUUAUGUUCAGGAACAUUCGGUGGUGGACCCCAAAGAGAAGACCUUUGAGCUGAAAUCUACGAAUAUUUCCUUCACUAACCUGGUAUCUGUGGAUGAGAAGUUGACAUACAAGCCACAUCCCCAGGAUCCUGAAAAGACAGUGCUAACCCAAGAGGCUUUGAUCAGUGUUAAAGGUGUCAGUCUAAGCAGCUACCUCGAGCAUCUAAUGGCUAAGACCAUCUCUGUCAAUGCUGGCAAGGGUCGGGAAGCAAUGGAGUGGGUCAUCAGACGAUUAAACACAGAGAUUGAGGAGUUUACUGCAACCGCUCGUGGCAGUCUACGUGUUCCCAUGGCAGCAGCCGUCGCAGACAAAUGAUCCCAACUCUCCUUUCUCCACCAUCAUGAACCGAUGGACCUCUCAAACAUUUCCUUACACCUCACCUUCCAGCACACUUUGCAUCACAACACCAACCAUCAGCUCAACGUUUGUUGAUUUUGUGUGAAUAUCACAAAAAACCUCCCGUUCUUCUCUUCUCUGAGGUCCGCACAGCAAGUUUGAUACUCGCCAGUGUGGGCAGUGAUGGGGAGUGAUGAGCUGAUGAUAGUCAAAACACAGACAGGGUUGAAUUAAUCUGCACUUGAAGCUCAUGAGACUCAGUCUUGUGAUGUUUAAGCUCUUAAAAAAAUCACACUGUGCCUCAACAUCAGAUAUGAACACUUUUCUCUUCUCUGCCUGUCUCCCCCUCACAUUAGUAUUUUAAAUCUCUCUUUUAUGUACUUACUGUUUCCAAACAUUUUUCAACAAGACAGGUAUUCAAAGCCCCUGAAACAAAGUCACUUUUUAUGGAUGGCAGAUAUCACUUAGUAUAGCAAAACUGACAAAAACACCACCCCCUUCAAACAGGCUGUAACAAAAUAUAACAGUGACUUGGAGUUACAUGCUGCAACAGCUGUAUGUUGUGCUAUUUGAAGCUCCUUGCUGAUCUUCUCCAUUGUCCUGUGAAGUCAGACACAGAGUAUGAUGGAGAAGUCUGAGCUGGUUGUUUGUAGUAAAGACUUGUACCGCUUAGAUGAUGCAAAACUCACAUGACAGCCAGCGUUGAGUGCAGGUGAAGUGGCCUUACAAGAAAGCCAGUUUUGUGGAUUCACUGUAACAAAAAUAGUAGUAGCCCAAAAGUUUAAAGUAAUGUCCCAUCAGGUUGAUGAUUUCUGGUUCUCUGAGUGAGUGUGUGCAGUCCUGGGUCUUAGCCUGUCACAGAACAGCAUGGAGUGAUGCUGACUAACAUUUAAUACAACCAUGAAGUCCAGCCAAGGAAUUUUGUCACAAGUGUUCUAGCCCAUAACUUAUGUGGGUUUCUCUGCUUACAUCAGCAUGUUGGAUUGCUUUUCUAAAGGUCAUUCAGGUCUUGACUUGCUUUGAUACCUUCUGGUACUUAUGGAAUUGACUUGCUUUGUGGAGACCCUCUUCUCAACGUGUUCUCUGUCACACUGAGUUGACGUGUUUUUUAGGAAACUGUCAUAGUCUGAAAUGGUUCAUACUUGAAUGUGUAACUUAUUUAAACAAACUAACUUAACAGGGGAAUAAGUUGUCGCAAUUUACUAAGAUGCAGGAUUCAUAUUAGCACUGAGAAAAUGGUGGCUUUGACGACAGCGUUUUUGAUUUUGUUGUAAACAUUCACCAGUGUUUUAAGAGCAGCUUUACAGGGUGUGGUUCACUCCAUCAACAUCCUUCAUUUAUGAUCAUGGAAAAGCCUGCUCUGUUUUCAUAGUGUCCAUAGAGUAUUUUAGCCAAAGACUUGAGGUGGAAUUGACUGAUUUUUAAACUGUUAGCUUGUGCUGUUUUAAUACAUCUUUGCUACUGCUUCUCCCAUAGAGGCCUCUUGGGUACUACAUGGUUGACAAUUGUUCAAUCCUCUGUUUUCUUCUUUCUUUUGACCUCAUUGAGAGGAAGUAGACUUAAUAACUCUGCCACUCCUAUUUAUUUCUUCUCUUCCUCCCUCUGUAAAAUGUAAUAGUUAUAUGGUUCAACUAAGUCUUUGUUAAAGUAACGGCAUCAUAAGUCUUCCAAGAUGCUCCACAGGAGUUGCCUUUCCUCAAUUUGUUGUUUCAGUUCCUUAGAUGUCCAUUUGACUUUAGUAUCACUGCUUUUCACUACUGUUUCCAUCAGCUGAGUUUCAUUUUUUAAAGCUUGGUUGUAAUUAUUCAGUCUUGUCAUGCGUCAUCCGCUCCGGAUCAUUCAGUCUGAAGUGCUAUCUGCUGCCCUCGCUGACCGAUCAGCCAGUCAGUGUCCACACAGUGUCUCCUCUCAUGAAUGAAGUGUGAUGUUUUUCUAUGGGGAACAUUUUAGAAACAUAGGCUGUAAAUAGGCUUAUAUUUAUAUUUUGGUGGUGUUACAUUCCAAGAAUGUGAACAUUGUGAGUCUAACAAAUGCACACUGAAAUGUUUCAAAAUAAAGAGAUGUCAUUGUUUCAUGAA